AUGGCUUCUACUUCGAACGUCAAUAGUGGCUUCGAACAGUUUGGUUUAAAACUGUACCAGGAUAUUGUAAAGACAAAUCCUAACGGGACAAAUGAUAAUACAUUUAUUUCACCGGUGAGUAUCGCACUGGCUAUAAGCAUGUGUGCAGCCGGCGCAAGACAAAAUACAUUAGAUCAAAUGUUAAAAGGUUUUGGAUCGAAAUCAGCUGAUGAACUGAAUCAUACUGCUCAACAAGUAAUGAAAGUUAUAUUAUCAGUCGCAAAUGCAGAAUUAACUGGAUUGAAACUGGCGAAUCGUUUGUAUGCUCAACAAGAUUAUCAAAUACGCCACGAGUAUUUGUCAUGUCUUAAACAAUAUUACUCUACCGAUCUAAAACUGAUCGAUUUUAAAAAGAACAGUGAAAAAGCUCUUAAUGAUAUAAAUGGAUGGGUCGAAGAUCAAACAAAUCAUCUGAUCAAAAAUUUGCUGACCCUUGACAAUGUAAGAUCUGAUACUAGUUUAAUUCUGGUCAAUUGUAUCUAUUUCAAGGGAACAUGGCAAGACAGAUUCGAUGAAAAAACCGUUAAACAUGCUACAUUUACAUCGGAAAACGGUACACAAUCGACGAUUCCAUUAAUGUUUCAAACAAGAAUUUAUGCGUACAAUGAUAAUUCAACACUCCAAGCACAAAUUGCUCAUAUACCAUACAAAAGCAGUAAUAAUAAUAAUUUCGUCCUUACCAUUGUUCUGCCGAAACAAGGUGUCAGACUGACAGACAUUGAAAAGAAACUGGAAGAUGGUCAACUAUUGAAACAAGCGUUGACAAAUGAGUCCCGGCAAGAGUUAAACUUAUAUUUACCAAAAUUUAAAAUGGAAUGUCUGUUUGAUCUAAAUCUAACAAUGAAAAAUUUGGGUAUGACCGAUGCAUUCGGAAUUGGUGUUGCCGAUUUCUCUGGAAUUGAACCAACAGGCGAACUGGUGAUCAGCAAAGUUAUUCAUAAAGCAUUCAUAAACGUAAAUGAAUACGGAUCGGAAGCAGCUGCAGCUACAGCAGUAUUAGUCGUAUUUGGUAGCUCUCCAUCGUCGCACAGAUCAAAGGCAGUCGAAUUCAAAUGUGAUCGACCAUUUUUAUUCAUGAUUCGUGAAGCUAAGCAUGACAUAACGCUAUUCGCCGGAAGAUACGCAAAGCCUCCUGAAAGUUAA